AUGCUGUCAAAGUCAAAUUCACGUAAACAUUUUUAAUUUCAUUAUUAUAAAACUACACAGUAACAUACAAUGUAAUCACCUGAAUUUAAAUAAAAAUGGCUCAAGGAGUUUUGAGCUCGGAUAUCUCCAGAAGAAACCCACAAGAUGAUUACGAAUUAAUUCAGCGGAUAGGGAGUGGGACUUACGGAGACGUCUAUAAGGCUAAGAGGCUCUCAACAAACGAUUUUGCUGCGAUAAAAGUGAUAAAAUUAGAACCCGGUGAUGACUUUGGCAUCAUACAGCAAGAGAUUCUUAUGAUGAGAGACUGUCGACAUCCCAAUAUAAUAGCUUAUUAUGGUAGUUACUUACGUAGGGAUAAAUUAUGGAUUUGCAUGGAAUUUUGUGGAGGUGGUUCUUUGCAAGAUAUUUACCACAUUACGGGUCCUUUAGCAGAAAAUCAAAUUGCAUACAUGUGCCGAGAAACAUUAUUAGGUUUGCAGUACCUGCACACCAUGGGGAAGAUGCACCGGGAUAUCAAAGGUGCGAAUAUCUUAUUGACUGAAAAUGGUGAUGUUAAAUUAGCUGAUUUUGGUGUGUCCGCUCAAAUUACUGCUACAAUAAAUAAAAGAAAGUCUUUCAUUGGCACACCUUACUGGAUGGCCCCAGAGGUUGCUGCUGUUGAACGCAAAGGAGGAUAUAAUCAACUUUGUGAUAUUUGGGCAACUGGUAUCACUGCAAUAGAAUUAGCGGAAUUGCAGCCUCCUAUGUUUGAUUUACAUCCUAUGCGGGCAUUAUUUUUGAUGUCUAAAAGUGGUUUCAAACCGCCCACAUUAAAAGACAAGGAGAAGUGGAGUCCCACUUUCCACAAUUUCGUAAAAGUAGCUUUAACAAAAAAUCCAAAGAAAAGACCAACUGCCGAAAAAUUAUUGCAGCAUGCUUUUUUCCAAGGUGACAUGCAUAGAAGACUGGCUUUAGAGUUGCUACAGAAAGUUAGCAAUCCCUCACACACAUUUACUGAACUUGAACCUGAUGAAGAUGGGGCUGUACCUAACGUUCCCCAAAGAAUUGCAUCACGACUGACUUCUAGACCAAAAUCACAAAAUGCGGUACUUUCUAACUCAGAUAUUGACAGAAUCGAUGAGGUUAACAAUACUUUACAAAGAUCAGACAUACCGACAGUUAUAAUUGAAGAAAAACAACCUCAAUGGGAUUUGAUGGAUAUUAUGAAUAAUGUUACGAGUGUGCAUAAUUGUGCUGAACAUCAAAAUAAAAAAUGUGGCAUCGGAAAUGCAUUCGACUCUCUCAUCAGGGAAAAGAGUCUCUUGCAGUACAUUGACGAAGAGUUGAUGAUGAGGGGCACCUACAAAUAUCACCAGUCGGAGUAUGAACAACAAUACAUGGAAGUAUUAGACAACCUGAAUGCAUUUUUGAACAUAGCGACUUUACCCGUACAAGAUCCAGAAAAUGCGGUAAAAUGCGACAUCCACGCCAGUCCAUCCAAUCAUUCGAAAGAGCAACCUUUUAAUGGUUCACCGAGACGACAUUCCUCCGUAGACGAAAUUUUCGGAUUAGUCACAUCCAUGAACUUGACCGGCCAGCGACAGAGGUCUUUGAGCGACAGCAGCAGAACUGGUAGAAGCAAUCGGGAGAACAGAGAUAGGGAGGUUAACGGAACAGGCGACGAUGCCAAUCAUGAAGCAGGCUCCAACGAUAUGGUAACUUGUCCGCCAGUACCACCCAGAAAGCAUAGGAGGCGACAUACGCCUCCAAGACCUCCUAGUAAUGGUUUACCUCCCACUCCUAAAGUCCAUAUGGGUGCAUGUUUCUCUAAGGUAUUUAAUGGUUGUCCUUUGAGAAUGAAUUGUACAGUAUCUUGGAUUAAUCCGGAUACGAGAGACCAGCACAUACUAAUCGGUGCGGAAGAAGGAAUUUAUAAUUUAAAUUUAAACGAACUUCACGAAACUUGCAUUGAUCAACUGUAUAAUAGACGCACAGUUUGGAUGUAUGUUAUAAAAGACGUUUUAAUGACAUUAUCAGGAAAGACACCACAACUGUACAGGCACGACCUGUUAGCUCUUCAAAACAAACAAUCCCAUAGAUUCAGUUUACAUAUGAACAGGAUACCGGAGAGACUAGUGCCAAGGAAGUUUGCUCUUACAACAAGAGUACCUGACACUAGAGGAACGUUAAAAUGUUGUGUAGCUCGAAAUCCUUAUAAUGGUUACAAAUAUCUAUGUGGGGCGACCACAAAUGGUAUUUAUUUGAUGCAAUGGUACGAUCCGUUAAAUAAAUUUAUGUUGUUGAAGCAUGUCGAGUGUGUGCUCCCAAAUCCCCUUCACGUGUUCGAGAUGAUUAUUACUCCAGAAUUAGAAUAUCCAAUUGUAUGUGUGUCAAUAAAACAGGCUUAUCAGCCAAACAGAUUUAAAUUGGAUUUGAUUAAUAUGAAUUCAGGUGCUAGUUGGUUCCAUUCGGACGAAUUACAAGAUAUGGACGGCACUGCCACUGUAAUUCCUCGCAGGGAGAACUUGGACAUAGUGAAUGUGACUCAGUUAGAUAAAGACUCAAUUUUAGUGUGUUACGAUAAUCUAAUUAGAAUAGUGAAUCCGCAAGGAAAACUGAAAAAUAACAAGAAGCAAGUUAACGAAUUGCGAUUCGGAUUUAAGAUCGAAAGUAUAAUUUGUCUUCCGGAUAGUGUAUUGGCGUUUCACAAGAACGGAAUGCAAGGUAGAUCUUUAAAAAAUGGCGAAAUUACACAAGAAAUUUCUGAUACAGCAAGAACGUACAAACUUCUAGGAUCAGAUAAAGUCGUGAUGUUAGAGAGCAAUUUACUUCGGACGGGCACAUUAACAGCUGAUGAGGGCCAUGAUUUAUACAUCUUAGCAGGACACGAGGCUAGUUACUAAUAAAAAAAUAAGCUCAGUGUAAAUCCGAGGUUUUGCUUUGCUUAAGAAGUUAGACUAAUAAAACAAAAUUAACUUAUUAUUAGAUUAGAAUCUAGUUAAGCCGGAAAAGAAUACAGAAAUCGUGAUGUUUUAGGGAAAAAAAUUAAAUGAGAAAGUUGAAUUUUCUCUUUGUAAGAAAAUAUACCUCAAUUUCACUUCUCUUCUAGUGGAAAUAGGAGAUUAUGUCUGGUAUUUGAAUAUUUUUAGAUACCGUAAUGAAUUUUAGAAAAGAGUACCUACAUUGAAAUAUAUAAUACAAUAAUUAUAUUUUCGUGAUUAAAAUUGAAAUAUAUUCUAUUUGAAAUUUAAACAGAGUAAUUUUUCACCAUAGGAAUUUAGGGAAAAUAUAGUAAAUUUUUCUUUUUGAUUAGUAAACGCUCAGCGUUUCGCAAAUAAAAUUAAUUUCAUCCUUUGAUCAUUCAAUUAUUUAAAACCAAAAUAUGCAUUUUUUUUAAUGUUAAUGAGGCCCAAAAGUUGUUCCACUUUAAUAAUCAGAUGGAGUUUACAAUGUCAGUCUCAAAAUCAAAAUGAUCACUUUCUUGAAAAUUAUGUCAAAAUAAGGCAUCACGUCUGCUCAAGCAGAAGAUUCGGGUUCAAAUAUCUGCUAAUAUUGAAGAAUUUUUAAUUCUCCUGUGCUGCAAAUAUUAUUUUAUAUUCUUUGAUAAUAGUAAAAAUAUGUGUCGCUCAUUCUGAUUUAAAUAAACAUAGGAACCCUUUGGUCAUUGUUGUUUUCUAUUAGAGGAAAUUCUAUAUUUUGAAUUUAAAUAGUUCGCCUAAGGUACAAGUAAAGGCGUUUGUCGUUAAACGUUUAAACAUUAUAUUUUAAAGAUAUUCCUAAUUUUUUUAUAUAAAAUAUACAUACAAAAAUUACAAAAACGAAAAUAUACACUUUAGGGGGAAAAUGUUAACCUUAUCUGUAUGAACUGAAAUGUAAUACCAAUGUAUAGAAGUAAACUCGAAGUAUAUCAAUCGUUAGCGGCUCCUUUGAUGUUUCACCUUCAAAUUUUGUGCUUGUCUGCUGAUUUCUGUCCAAACGUUAUGUGGUGCCGGGGGGAAACAACAUAAUUUGAUUAAAAUUUUUUUUUAAGCUAUUACUAAUACCCUCCAGGCUGUACAAGUUAGGUAAUUUGUUUUAAAUUUAUUAAGUAUAGGAUUUCAUACAUUUCUAAGUAUUUUCCUGGCCCUAGCAAUUUUUUAAAGUCAUUUAAGAACUAAAGAAUAUUUUGAUUCAUUUCGAAGAAACAUUCUGAAUACCUUAAUUUAAUUAGUUUAAUUGAGCUUAUCAACUAACUGUACAAGUCACUUAUACGAAGUACGACUAGUUGCCUGUUGCCUAAAAAUAUAUCCAAGCAGCUUUUGUCAUUUCUUGGGGGCUAGUCGCUUGUGAUGUUUUUGAAUCAAGUUUGAGACGGAACAGGUUGUAAAAAAUACAACAGUAUAAUAAAUGAUAGGUCUUUAACCCAUUUAGAUCGCUAUCACCAAUGUACUAUUAGGGGUAAGGCAGCACUGUCACCAGCCCCAGGAUCUUGGAGUCUUUAAUAAUAAUAAUAAUAAACGUCUUUAUUUUAAUAAGCCUCGGCGGAGUCCAGCAUAGCUGUUCCACUCAACCAAGUACCAAAUACAAACAUUUCAUAUAAUACAAAUAUACAUUGUUAUUUAGAUUUAAAUUAUUUAAUAUACAUUUUAUAUAGACACAUGCAAUAAGAAAAUUAACAAUACAUAAACACAAACUUUAAAACAAAAGAAAUUUUUUCAGUAAUUUUUUAAAGAUUUUUAGAGAUUUAUUUUUACAUUGAUCAGGUAGAGAGUUAUAUAUAGUGACUAUAUCAUCCGAACCUGCUGAAUUAGAUUUAAUACUUCCUAUUGCAUUUAAUCCCUUAAUAACAUGGUUGAGCGGUGUUGGCUACUGGUUAAAGACUUUUGAUAGUUUUUAAGGGUUGGAACGCCGAGGCUUCACAAAUGCACGGAGUAUUUUCAAAAAACAAAUUUGCUUUUGUUUAAAUAAGCAGAUGAUAAUUGGUAAAUGUCUAGUUUGAGCUCUUUUCGCUUACGCAAAAACUAAGCAUAGGUACUUGUAUGUAUUGCUAUUGUAAACAAAAACCUAAGUUCCACAGCUUGUGCAAAUCAAUAAUAAGGACACAAAUAAUUUUUUUAAAUAAUAUGACAUUUUUCCAUUAAUUUUAUCAAUUUUACGGGAAAGGAAGUGAAUAGGAGUGAUGGGGGAGGGGGAUGGUAAAACGUCAAUAGUUAUAACAUUUUUAAAUAUUGUUAGGGCAAGGAAAAUUAUUAUAAAUGAAUUGCUGUACUUUUGAUACUAAAUAAUUGAAUGGUAAACUUUUUGUGCGACUUGGCAGCAGUGUAAGACGUAAAAGAGUAGCAUAUCUGAGCUUUGCUUGAGACAAUUUGUAAAAUAUUUACUUAAAAAAAAAUAAUUGCGUCGUUGUUAUCAAUUUGCACAAGAUAUGGUACUAAAAUUUUUGUUUAAAAUAGUAUGCUUAGUUUCUCCAUAAACGAAAAGAGCUCAAACUAGACAAUGACCUGAUAAUUUAAUAGGGAAUUAAUUCAUUUAUUACGUGCCACUACAUAAAUUUUUUAAAAUUUUAAAAGGUACUCACAUUUCUUAAUUUUUCGGAAAUCAAACUAAAUAGAUUGUAUCUUCCCCUUCUUUAUUUAUGCACCCAAUAGCCAUAAAGUUCGUUCAUUAGUAUUAUUCACUCUACCCUAUAUGAUUUUACUGCCCGUGUACCUCUAUACAGUGGUAAUACACUAUCUGGUUCAUCCCGUCUAAAAAAGUUUUUUAAAUCUGGCUGGAUAGGACCAACAUGAAUAUUUGAGCCAAAUUUAAAAUAAGUUUCUUAAUGGUCUUACGAUCCGGAGUAAAAGAGUUUAUUCAUGGUCCUUCGAGUCUUAUUAAAAGAACAUUUUUGACUGGCAUUAUACCAACAUUUUCGGAUAAUUUUGAACGGUUAUAAAAAAAAAUACAAAAGUUGUUGAAUUUGAUGGGUUACAUAUUGCUAGUGUCGUUCCAAUACCUCAAGAACAAAAUUCACAUUUUACAGGAGAAGCAAAAAACUAUUGUGUGCUUAAUACAAAAUUCGUAUAAAAGGUAUUAUAAAAGUUUUAAUUUAUUUUGUUUUAAACAUUUUUCUUGAAUAUGAGGUUUUCUGUUUAGGUUCGUAUGUGUAAUUGUGACAAUUAGAUGAAACAAUCUAUUUUUUUGUCAAAAGUCAGUGUAAUGAGGUAUAUGGUUAAAAUUUUGACACUUUUGAAACCACCAACCAUUUUAUAAAAAGAUGCUUAUUUAAUUCUUCAAUAUAAUAUUGGAAUCUACAUACAUAUCUAACUUGAUCAGGGAUGAAAUGAAAUUUCACUAAAAACAAAAAGCUUUUUAACAUUAUUUUAAACUAGUAUAUCUAUAUCUUGAGAGGAGUGUUAUAUAUUGUUAUUCUAUCUGUUCCUUUAAGGUAAUAAAAUUAUUUUUAAUGAGUUGUGAUUGGUUUUUAAUGUUUAAGUGCUUUAUUGUUUUGGCAGGGUGAUUUUUAUCAAAUUAAUAAAUAUAUAUAAAUAAAAUUAUAUUCUUAACUAGUUUGAAAUAUGAAGGCUAAAGUGUGAAAGAAGUUUAGUUGUGGCAUUUGGUUGAUUUAAAAUCAGUUUUUAGUUCAAUUGGAGUUUGAAGAUCUUUAAAUAAUCACUAUAAUAUUUUUUUUUUAUAAAGUUCUGUUAUUUUAUUACAUAUACAUUUUAAAUCGGCCAUAUACCACUUAACAACACUGAAUGAGGUCUUCAUUUAUUUUAAGAGAUCUUACAGUGUGUGCCAUAAAGUUGGAUCCAUAUGAGAUUUUUUCAAUAUUACGAUUGGAAAAAAUGCUUAUUUAAAAAUUUUAAACAACUUAUGUCAAAGUUGGCUACUGAAAUUAGUUUCCUGUAAAAUUCGCAUUAAAAAAAUAAUGUUUGAACCAUUUUUCAAAAAAAUACCGAUUUUGACAGAUAACUAAUGCAGUACCUAGCCAACUUUAGUAAAGACUAUUUUAAGUUUAAAAAAAAAGCAGAUGUGAAUGCCCUACGACGUUUUUUCCAAUCGUAAUAUUAAAAAAAAUUCCAUACGGUUCGAACUUUAUGGAACACGCUGUAUAAAGAGAUGGAUAUGGGACCUAUUCCUUAUACAAAAACCAUAAUCCCUUGGUUACUAAUAUAAGCCAUAAAAAUCUUAUGUACAUAUAUUUUCAUUUUAAUAUUUCGUUUUUGGAUUACCCUGUAUGUAUGCAUGUCCAGAACUUCAGCAAAGAAUGUAAUUUUACUGAGUUAAACGAUUUUUUUCUCAACUAAAUAUACACAGAUUUGCGAUUUUUGUUUACAAGUUGACAGUUAAUUUUAUGAAGUUUUGCGUUUUAGCCAAAUAAUUCCGAAAAUUCAUUUCCGUUAUAUGGGUGAUUUCAUAUUUUUGGCCACGGCACAUUUAGAUGAAUCAUCUAUUUUUCAUUGACUUACUGCACUGUAUUUUAAGUACAGUAUAUUUGUAUACGGCAUGUGUAUUUGAAUAAUUCCUAAAAGUCUUAAAAUGCUUUCUAAGGAAAGUGUAGCUCUCUAAAGAAUUUGUUUAUUGUACACUACACUAAAACGGCUGUCAUUUAAUUAGCUAUGAGGGAAACCAGACAAAUUUUCUACUUGACAAUUAAAUAAAAGUAAUUAAUCUAACCUAACCUAGUUUCUAACCCAGAUAAUGUUGAAGAUAGCAUCAUACCACAUGUCCAAUUCUACCCUUUUUCGACUGAAUACGUCAAGGUUUACUUCUAUAUAGGCAGCUUCUUGGAAUUUUUUGUUGAAUCAAUUUUUCUUUUUGUUUUUGUUACUUCUCUCCAUUUUAUUUAGUGACUCUAGUUCGAAGUUUGGGCUCUUAUUGUGUGUGAUUUUUUUAAAUCUGUCUUCUAUUGGUGACAUGCUUUGUUCUGUGUAUGAUUAUCCACACACAUACACCGUGAACGUUAGUAUAUAUAAAUUUCGCUCUAAUACACGUAUUCCGCACUUGUUCACGUCUUGUUCCCCAAUCUCAAUCGGUUUUUGGUAAUUGCUUCAAAGAAUUCACGGCAGAGAAAUCGAUAUUGCAAGUUUUUCAUUGUUCUGCAAACAUAGUUGGUUGGUGUCUGAAGGCAUUCAUUCCACUUCUUGCUUUAUUUUCAGUUGAUUCCCGGCCCACCGAAACUCGUUUGACCCACGAUUCGUAGACUGAAACAGUGGCCUCAUCAGGUUGUUAGGAUCGGGAGUGUGACGACACAGAAUGAAAAAUAUAGGUUCGUAUUAGUUUUUAAAAAAUCUAAUAUUUUUGGACUGUUUUUCCAGCGUUGAGAGUUUUAUAAUAAAAACAGCAAGGAAAAAUGAUGUAAUUAUUUUCAUAAAAUUUCAAAUGAAUUAAUUUUUAUUUGAAUUAUAAAGAGAAAUAUUAUUGUGUAUUGUAUGAAUGGUUUAAUUUCAAAGUUUUGGGUUAGGGUACAGCCUCCAAGCAGAACUCGGACCUCAUUUUGUUUAUAUCCUAAAAUAAUUUGAAAUUUUAGCAUGUCUGGAGCAAGCUGUAGUGUUGCUGUUUGCAAACACAAUUUUUACCAACAAAAGUCCUCAGAAAAAAGGAUAUCAUUUUUCCCUUUCCCAAAAAGCGACCAUUUUCAAAAAUAUGGGUGCAAUGUUUUAGAAAAAUAUCAAAUUAUUGUUAAAACUGAAAAUAUGUAGUUUUAAUUUUAAGGAAGAGGAUUUUAUAGAUGACAUUCGGACGCGAAUCAUUAAAUAAAACUGGAAUGUUUAUUCGUCUUUUUAAGUACAUUAUACGGUUCACACAUAAAAUAACUAGGCACUGAAAAAAUAUAUUUUUAUUUCCGAUAUAAAUAUACAUUGUAUUUUUCGUCUGAAAUCCAACAGGCCCUUGUUUUCUUCAUUAAAAUUAUUUGUAACUGAUUUUUACUAAAAACUUCUUGUAGCAAACCCUUUUUUCAAUAAUGUAUGUUCUAUUAAUAAAGCCCUUUGACUUUUCUUGCCCUUAGUUGUAUUUAAUGCUUGCAAGAAACCAUUCGAUCUGCUUUUAAAUGUAGUUGCAAUUAAUUUAAUAA